AUGCGCGCGGCCGCUGCGACUCAGAGCGCGGAGCGGCUGCUCGGCCCCAUCCCCAGGCAGCGGAAUGCCCAGAACUGGUCCCCUGGCUUGGGCGCCAGCCAAGUAGGAGCUGGGCGGGCCGUGGCGUCGAGCAGGCCCUUCCCGCGGGGCGGGCAGCUCGCUUUGACCCAGCCGCCUGACUCCGCUUGUGUCCUGGCAGCGAUGACUCGGGCAACUCCGCUGCGGUGGCUAGCCCGGGGCGGCCAAGCGAUGGCGGCAGAGGGGCGGGAACUGGUCCGCACGCCUGAACUGAGCAAGCAGAGGAGCAGUUGGCUUGGCGGUGCUCCUUUCACUGACUGGAAACCUCGGGCUUUGCUGCUGGGAGGUUGUGGCCAAGGCAGAAGACAUUUAGAGGCGGGAGCCCCGAGGACCAAUGGUCCUCGGGGCUCCCUCACCAGCUGGCGGCGCGACAGCCCGCGCGGCGGAAGCCCCUUCGCCCCGCCUCGGAACCGCGUCCACCAGGAAGAUCCCGACGAGCUCCACAGAGCUGCCUGGCGGGGCGACGUCCCCGGGGUGGAGCGCGUCCUGGUGCCCGGAGGCCCUGGCGUGGACAAGAGGGACAAGAAGAACAGGACGGCUCUGCAUUUGGCAUGUGCCAGUGGAUAUCCAGCAGUGGUAGCUCCCCUGGUAGACAGAAAAUGUCAACUUAAUUGCUUUGACAGCCAUAAGAGGACAGCUCUGAUAAAGGCUGUACAAUGCCAACAAGAGGAAUGUGCAACUAUUUUGCUGAAACAGGGUGCUGAUCCAGACCUUCCAGAUAUCUACGGCCACACCGCUCUACACUAUGCUGUGCAUAAUGAGGAUCAAUCACUGGCAGAAAGACUGCUUUUAUACAGUACAAAUAUGGAGGCAAAAAAUGAGGUAUAGACCAACCAACUUUAUUUUCAAACUAUUUGAAAUGCAUUUGUUUUAACACUGGCAUAUGUAAUGGUCAGUUUUCCAUAUUUGAAAGCUCAAGCACUCCCUGAAUAUUUUCAAGUAAUUAAUAUUUCAAAUCUUGAUACUUUUAAAGCAGCAUUAGAGGGCACAGCUUUCUUUUCUGCACAUAUGGUAAAUAUUUUUGAAAACACCUGAAUUUGUAAAAGUUAACACUUAAAAAUUUUUUUUCUUCCCAAUUUUUUUUUUCGUAAUCUGUGAAAAACAACACAAGAAAGCAAGAUGUGCCCUGGAAAUAGACUUUAUCUUAAAACUCCAAGAAAAAACAUUUUUCAAUAAAUAGAAAUCUUGCUGCCAUUGACAGGUUCUUAAAAAAAAUAACACACAUGCAAGCAGUUUAGCUCUCAGUGGCAAAGCUUAGGAGGGCAAAAUGGAAAGGGAAAAAAAAGCCACCAGAAAUAUGGAGGCCAGCUUGGAAGUUAGGUAAUUGAGGGAGAAUACCAAGGCGACCUUUUUUUAAAUGUGUUUUGUUGUUGUUGUUACUGUUUCUUUUUUUCUAGUUUAUAUGUUUAGACAAGGUUUUCUUCAGUUUUGGGGAUAACCGGAUCAUCGUUUUCAGUUUGGAGGAGAGUGAGUUGUGAACUUGCCUAAGAAUCCAUUUUAGGAGGACUCUGAGGAAACAAGAUCAGCUGCGACUAGGUGGUGAUGAAGUAGGAAACAGCCACUUAGAUAAGUGUCUGUGCUCAGCCCUCAAAUCUAGAACGCGCUGACGGGAAGGUGGGCGAUGCGGAGCUUAGAAAUAGCAAAAUCAAG